CGGCCAUCGACCACCGAUGCAAAUGGGUGUAUUUAAUGGGGUACUGUGUGUCGCGAUCACGUGACCUCGUCACUGCGAGUGAUACACGAAUUAUAUACAUAUUACUAUUCAUUGCGGAAUAAAAUGUGAAUGCCGUCGACAUUGAAAAUGGUGCUAUGCAUUGUGGGGCUCAUCCUAACGGCGGCAUCGGCCCAAGGAUGGGGCAUCAACCACGCGUACCCUGGAACCGGCGCCAAAUGCGAGCGACUAAACGUAUCCUUCUGCCGGGGAUUGCGUUACAAUCUGACAGCAAUGCCGAAUUUCAUGGGCCACGAGGAUCAACGGCAAGCGGAACGAGGGCUAGCGGCUUUCAUGCCAUUGGUCCACUACAACUGUUCAAGACAUCUCAGACUCUUCUUGUGCGCCGUCUUUGCCCCAGUCUGUUCGGAACAUGUGGCCAUACCAGCCUGCAAGUCCCUUUGCCUUUCCGUAAGAAGAGACUGCGAGCCAGCCUUAACCAGCCUCACGUUGCCGUGGCCGCACAUGCUCGAUUGUGAACGCUUCCUCGAUCGCGGAAAUACGUUGUGCGUGCAGCCGCCGAACGAAACGUUGAACGACACUAGUUCACCGAUACUGCCAACCAUUCAACAGCAGUGGCCGGUAAUGCACGAACGAUCACCGCAAAUCCCUACACGAAUUCAACAGCAGCAACAGCAUCAUCAAUGUCCACCACAUUUUGUGCAAAUACCCGAUAUGGAAAUGAUUUCUUGCGCACCACGUUGUGGUACCGACGCAUAUUAUCGCGCGGAGGACAAAAAAUUCGCCGAGCGUUGGAUGACCGGCUGGGCAUGGUUGUGCUUCCUGUCGACGCUUUUCACUCUGUUGACCUUCUGGGUCGAACCAUCCAGAUUUCGUUAUCCUGAGAGGCCAAUAGUCUUUCUAGCGCUUUGCUACAAUCUCCUCUCCGUGGCUUACAUCGUCCGUGGAGCGAUUGGCGCUGAAAAUCUCAGCUGCGUCAGUCAGGUUGAUGGCCCGAGUUAUGUUCCAGUCCGUGAUGCUUUGAAGAGUGUUCCCUGUACAAUUUGGUGGCUGGUCAGGUAUUAUCUAGGAUUAGCUAGCAACACGUGGUGGGCAGUGCUGUGCGGUUGCUGGUUACUGAGCGCUAGAAAUGAGUGGAGCAGCGAAGCUCUUCACAACAUCGCGCCUUAUCUUCAUGCGGCUGCGUGGAUUCUUCCAAUAUUUUUUACAGGAGGUAAUUUAUAUUGCACAGGUCUAAAUCUAUUUAACAUGUUGAAUCACGUCUUGCUGAUCACUGGUGAUCGAUCCUGAUUUUUGCUACUAAUUGUAAGCUAAAAUAUGCAUCAAAUUACUUAUUAAAAAAAGUAACAU